AUGGCAGAGGAUCAGGACUGGGAUUUGAAUGCAAUAGUAAGGAGUUGCACCUCUGCGACUACGAACAGAAACAGCAGCAACACCAAUUUUGAGAGCCCUUUUGAGCGCUUGGCUUCUUUGACCUUUGAUGACGAUGAUGAAGAAGAGUUCAGCCCAUUUUCCUUUCCAAAUCUUGCUGCUCAGCCUAAGAACAACAAUUGUUUUCAAGAAUUGCAAGAUUCUUACAAGCCCUUUUUGCCUAGCUUCACCACCAGUACGAAUAAUAUUCCUAGCUCUUCCAUUUCUGAUUUUGGGGUUAUUUUUUGUGGCCAAAAUCAACCACAACUUGCACAACAACCACCACCACCACUACCCCCACCACCCACUAGUGUUGCCAUUAGCGCCAGGUUCAACCAUAGCCAAAAACAACCACAGCGUGUACAGCAACAACAAAAUCAAAGGAGACAAUUGCACCAGCAAGGGACUAGCACUUCUUCUCUCUUUCCUUUAAGAGCCACACAAUCUCAGACCCCAAGAUCAAGAAAAAAAAAAAGUAAUCAGAAGAGGCUAAUAUUGCAUGUAACAGCAGAGAAUCUCUCUAAUGAUGUCUGGGCUUGGAGAAAAUAUGGUCAAAAACCCAUCAAAGGCUCUCCAUAUCCAAGGAACUACUACAGAUGCAGCAGCUCAAAAGGGUGUGCAGCAAGAAAGCAAGUGGAGAGGAGCAAUAAAGAUCCAAAUAUGUUUAUUGUCAGCUACACAGGUGACCACACACACCCACGUCCGACUCACCGGAACUCACUUGCCGGUAGUACAAGAAACAAGGUUCAACAACCAGUUCGAAAGCCUGAAGAAAAAGAAUCCGAGCUACCCAAUAUUUCAGCUGAUAAGGCCUUGUGUUCUUCUCCACUUUCAGCUACUAGUUUGUCUCCAAGAACCCCACUUUCAGCUCCCAUUGACCAUAUUGAAGCAGCAGGAAAUGAACAAGAAAUAAUCAAAACAGAGAGUUUGGAAGAUGGUGUUCAUAGAUUGAUGGGAAGUGAUGAUGAUGAUUGUGAUAAUGAUAUUAAUGAUGAUUAUGAUGAUGAUCUUUUGAUUCCAAAUAUGGCCUUAAAUGAAGAUUUUAUUAAAGGGUUUCAAGAGCUUGUCAGUGGUAGUGAAGGAGGUGGUGGUGGUUUAAGCAAUAGUCCUGCUUUUGGAGACAACUUUUCCCCUUCUGUUUUUGGUGGCUCCGCCAGCACAACCUCCGGAGCAACUGGUGGCGGCGGCUGCUAA